CAUUAAUAAAAGUAUUAUUAAAAAUAUUAACUACAUUUGAAUUGUAAAAAAAUAUAAAUCACCAUGACCACCACACCAACACCAUUAGCAUCAAACAGCGCAUUUAUGGCCAGAUAUAUGGCACUGGAGCAACCGGCCGACAAGAUCCAGGUAACAUACAUAUAUCUGCACCCUGGCAGCGACAACCUAGCGCAUUAUUGUGGCAAAACGAAAGUGGUCGACUUUGUGCCUAAACACCCGGAUGAAUUACCCCUAUGGGACACUGGGAUUAUGCAAUCAUCGGAGACAGAGAUACUCCUACGUCCGGUGCGACUAUACAACGACCCAUUCAGGGGCGGCAACAAUAGGCUGGCUUUAUGUAAUAUACUGGACACCGAUAUGAAACCCUUUCCAUGUAAUCACCGGUACAGUUGUCUGGAGGCCAUGGAGGCGGUGGCCAAACAGCACCCCUGGUUUGGUGUAGAGCAGGAGUAUAUGCUUAUGGAUGGUAAUGAUAGGAAACGGCCACUGGGCUGGCCUGUAAACGGCUAUCCGGAGCCCCUGACGACACCGCAUAUAUUUUACCAUAGUGGUGUGGGCGCUAAUAAUCAGUAUGGUAGAGAUGUUAUGGAGGCCCACUUCAGGGCCUGUCUGUACGCUGGCGUUAAUAUUACCGGUGAGAAUGCCGAGGGUCAGCCAUCGCAGUGGGAGUACCAGGUGGGUACGUGCGAAGGCAUACAACUGGGCGACGAUCUGAUAAUGUCUCGGUAUAUACUGUUACGGGUGGCCGAAGACCUGCACAUUGGGGUGACCUUUGACCCGAAACCAGUGCCCACAUGGAUGGGCAACGGGGCGCACAUGAACUUCAGCACUGAGGCCAUGCGCCGGGAGGGAGGGUUGGCAGAGAUUAACCGGGCUAUUAAGGCCUUGAGACAAAAUCAUGACAAACAUAUGGCUCUAUACGACCCGAGAGGUAGGGCUGACAACCAGCGCCGACUAACCGGCCAAAUGUGGGCCAGCGAUAUAAAUAAGUUUACGUCGGCUGUGGGCGACCGGGCGGUCAGUGUUCGUAUACCCAAACGGGUAGAGAUGGCCGGUAAGGGCUAUCUGGAGGACCGGCGUCCGGCAUCUAAUUGCGAUCCCUAUACCGUAACCGAAGCCCUCGUCCGCACUGUUUGUCUCAAUGAAUAA